AGAAGAAGAAGCGUCAAUUCAAUUGAUUUAGUUUCGCCUAAAAUCACAAAUGUGUCUCUGAGGGCUUUUCAAUCUGUGCACAUAUGACAUCAUCUGUCCCGAGACCUCACAUAGGUUCUGAAACAUCUCCCCCCAAAAAACAUUCGGAGGACCCCUCUCUCUAUAAACAUGGACAGAAGUACAAUAGAUGUCAUGUGUACAGAAUGUAAAACAUAACAGAGUUAUUAAAUCCAUACGAAAUAAAUUAUCCACACAGACGACUAGGCCUGAGGAAAAAUGUACAAGUACCAACAAUAACAACAACAGUGGAUAUAGUAGAAUAAUAAUGACAAUAAAUGAAGCAAUGGUAUUAGCAAUACUAAAUACAAUGCAACACAUAUUAAUAAUAAUAAUGGUAAUAAUAGCAGGAGGUGUCAGCAGUCCAGAUAAAACCACGAUCCAUGUAAACCUGUGAGGGGAGAAAGUAUAAAGGCUCCAGAGGAGGAGCAACGUUAUUAAUGUGCAUUAAUCUACCCGAGUACAUGGCAUCAUAUCUUUUUGUUUAUAUGGAGCUUGUUGUUCCCUGAAUAUGUUAUUAGUUCUUGUGACGCUAGUUUUGAGGGUUACGACAGCUUUGUGGUAAAGUGUUUUACAUAAUUCGAUGUUAUGGUUAUAAGAAGGUAACAUGUUUGAUUUGUUGACAUGCUCCAUCAGAAUGAAUGAUGAGGUCAAUCUAAAAGUAGCUAAACGCUAUGACAUGGGUUAAAUCAUAUUCAACUUAUUUUAUUUUGUUUAUAUGCAUAUGAUUUGUUGGCGACUUUCUGAGCUUGAUGACCAUACCCUCUAAAGCCAUGACUUCUGUGUGACUCACUUUAAGAUUUCUCAUCAUGACAGGAUGCAGUUUAGGACAUCAUAAUAUAAUGCUGUAAACCCAGGAUUAAUGGCACAAAAUGCAAUCUAGCCAACUCAACCGUGUACGAUUAGAGUGGCUGAAAGUGGCAAGAUGUCGGUGACGGCAGUGUUCUGCAGCGGUGACGUCACAACGACGGAAGUUAGCUGCUUACUGGUUCUCUCGACAAAAAGCCAAUGAGAUUUUUUCCAUUGGCUUUUUGAAAUAUUGCGAGAAAAAAAGAUUUAUAGGCCUACUUGCAUGUUUAGUUCGGCAAAAUACUCCCUAACAACUGAACACCAUUGUUAUGAUUUUGAAGUGAAUAGUCAGCAGAAGAUGAAAGCUAACGUAAAGCUAUAAAUGUGUUUGGCCUCACCACGAAGCUAAAGUAGGACGAGUGUUCUUCUGAUGGUGUUUGGUAGUUUAAUUCACCUUUUGUAUCACUUGAAAACGUCAUAAUUCACAUUUUUACGAUGAAUUUCACAUCGGAAGACAAAAAGUUAAAGUCUUAAGUUUAACCACAGACCUUUUUUCAGUCAUCUAGCUAAAAUGCUUUUAAAAACCCUUUCACCUUGUGACCAGGGAACUGGAAGUUACAAUAUUUUUUUGUUUUUUGUGUGUUUUAGGAUUUAUUCCUGCACCACUGUGUAGCUACUUACAAGGCAUUUAUUCACACCUGUAGCUAGAACGCUCAAUAUUUGAAUUUGAAUUUUGGUCCACGUUGCAUUUCUUAUGCACGCAGCUUCAUCCAUGCACCCUGGACGCCCUCUACAAACUUACAAUUUAACUUACUGACGUCAUUUCAACUGCAUGACAACAGACAGUACGGUCAUAUUCGUCAACACAGUCCAGAUCAGCCUCUACAUUAGACCUGGCAGUACCAUAUUCCUGCUUUACAUUGAAAUGGUAACAAAUAUAAAGGAAUCAAAGAUUGGCAGAGCCAUUGGACCGGGUAGAAAAGCUGCAGAAGUGGAAGAGAAGUUGCAGAUCCACAGAAGAAUAUACACCACGGCUUUAGUGUGAUUUCGAAUGUAGCUCAUUUGUACUUUGGAUGAAAUCUUGUGCCACAUGAGUUAAACUGUGAAGUGAUGGCAUCCAAAAUUAUGCAUUUCUUGUGUAAGUGUACUUCAAGGCACGACUACUAUGCUGGGAUUACUUCUGAGUCUUUACAGUGUUCUUCAGGAAUGUCCUGAAUUGUAAACCUUAAACUUUCAGUACAUCACUGUCAAAAGAGAAAUGGGUCAAUAGAAUAUCUUUGUACAUUUUUACGUUUAUUACGUGUUUUAUUUUUGGGUUUUUCUUUUGAUGAAGUUUGGACCACAAUGUGUUGUACAUAAUCAGAGCUGCAUUUAAUGUUUAAUCUAAGUGUAAAUUGAUCAUUUUAAAUUUUUGCUUUGAGAUAAUAGCAUGCACAGUUUCCAAAUGUCUCUUUUUGUACACAGUGUUGAUACAUUAGGGCCUUGGACAGUAUGUCUGUAUGUGACCACCAUGUUGCUCUUUCCAAAACAAAAACAAAAACCAUCUCAGUUUCAAAUGCAGAGAGGAAAAGCUAAAUAGCUUGUGGAGAAAGAAAGAAAAAGGAACAUGAUGGCUUCCAACGCCUCAUCCAAAGCUAACUUUGCUUCAGACAUGCCAAUGUGGUGGUGGGAAAGUUAACAACAACAGUCGCAAUGUUUUUUAAAGAUAAACAAAGGGACUAGUUGUGGAUGAAAAGCAAAGUCUUGCAGUUUUUGCAAAGAUUCAAAGUGUCAUUUUUGCAUUUGUUCAAGUGUGUUGUUAGCCGUGCUCGUGACACAACUCUGAAGGCGCGGCCACAAAGGAAAGUUGCAGAGACAAAUUUACAUUUUUGAGCUAUGUAGGUUUCUAAAAUCUCUUUGACAUGAUGACUACUCGCGGGGCUACUUGGUGAGCUGCUGAAGCUGGCAAGCUAACACUAACAUGCUAGCCAGUUAGAAAAAGGCAAGCGCAAGUCGGUUAACAUAGCGUGAGCUUCUUACAUGGCCGUUCACUUCCCCCUAGUAGUUCUCACUUUUACUCAAUAAGCUGCGAUAGUUGACUCCAUUCUGGACUCUCCAGUUCUCCUUUCCCUCAAAGGUGGUUGUGUCUGGACGGUAACCCUCGGUGGUUGAGGCCAGGCUUCGACCUCGAUUGGUUUAGGAUAGCAGCUAGUCUCGCUCGGGUUUUUGCAAAUCCAGGUGGAGAAUUUUAGACCCUCAAAGGUAGGCACUGUCCUGACAUCUUGAUUUUGGUCAAUGUUGCAAGUUUCUAUUAGAUUCCUCUGAAGUUUCACUCCCUGUGAACAAAAUCCCACCGUUUCACAUUGUGGUGAGACGGUGAUCGGUCAGUCCUUGGUUCCAACACUCAAAUGUUGAUCAAAUACAUUUAGAUUAAAUCAGUUUACCAUCUAACACUUCCAUGUCUUCUAUACAAUAUGGAUUGUAUCAUCUAUUUAAUUUACACCAUCUGUAACUAUCGUUAUUGUUGCUAUGUUUUGUUCACAAAGGGAAUUCAACAGUGUUUGUACAAGAUAUAUCAACGUCAUAAAGGAGACCUAUUGGCUGUCUUUCCUUGAGCUGGUCCAUUUCGUAUUUUCUCUGGUCACAUGGUAUCGGCACUGGCGACAUGCUACACAUUUUACCACUGCGACCAUUCUCUGACGAGCAUAUCCAUAUGCUGGAUUUACAGCUGGUUUGUUAAGGGGUGACCGUGAGCGUCUUGUUAGUGGAUGUGUGUGUUCGACGCAGCGAGGGGGAAAAAUCAAACAAGCAUCCGGUUCUGUUUGGACUUUGGACCGUCGAACUGUUUGGGGACAAUAGAGGCAUGUCAAAAACGUUUAGUUUUUUCCUUAAACACUUACAAUAGGCUAUAGUGUACUGUACAUUAAACGUGUCCCUUAUGCUUUAACAGUGAAAGUACAACAAAAGUGAAAUAAUGGGAAGAAAAUAGACUUGUGCAUUAGAAGUAGUGUUGUAAUUAGUUCUACUUUGGCCAUAUGCCAACAUAAUGGAGAUUGCUUUUGUAAUUGUUUUGCAUCAGCAGGGGCAUGGCAGGAGGCAUCAGACCCAGCCAGGUCCAAUGGACCCUAUGAGACCUAAAGUCACAAGGAUAGAGUCAAUAAUGUGCAAUGGAGAGAUAAAAAUUCAUCCAAAAGGAGAGAGAGAAGAGGAGAGAGGUGCUCAGUGUAUCCUAAAACGUCCCCCAGCAUCCUAUCAGCCUAUAGCAGCAUCUCUAGGGGCUGGACCAGGUGAACCUGAUUCAGCCCGAACUAUAAGACGAUCAAGAGGAAAGUCUUCAGUCUACUCUUACAUGAGGUGACUGUGUCUGCCUCCAGGACUGAAGGUGGAAGCUGGUCCCAUAAAAGAGGAGGAGCUUGAUAACUGAAGGCUCUGGCUCCCAUCCUACUUUGUAUGACUCUAGGAACCACAAGUAGCCCUGGAUAACACUUAUAAGACAAUCCUUACUUUUCCAACACUCGUAUUUGAAAAUAGAGUUUUCGAGAUAUCCUGUGAUGGAAAUUGUAACUAAUUAUUGUCUGCUUAACAGAUGAUUCAGACCCUGAUCCUGCUUUUGUUUCUUUGUAAUCUCUUCCAAAAGAACCAAAUUCAGUUCAAUACAACAUUUCAUGAUUUCUUAAAUCAGAUCUUAUUUAAGAUUAUUUACAGCUCAAACAUAAGCAGUAAACCAGUUUCCUGCCAAAAUACCUGGGAGUAAAUGUUUGCAUUUUAUUCUAUUAUUUAAGAAACUGCAAACUUUACAGCGUUACUUGAUCAUGUAGGUUAGCAUAAAAGCAAUGCUCCUCAUGUCCAGGUUAUUCCUUACGCCGCACUAAACUCGAUUGUAGCUUAUUGUUAGGAAAGCCUAUUUAAUUUCGGGUGUUCCGUUAUUUAUUACAGGAGAUGUCGUUUAUUUUCUUACAUUUGCGGCAUAUGACUGCCACGGAAAUUGUAAAACGUAGUAAUGCACACUGUAAUAACCACAGAUCCACUGCUCAAAGAUGUAACAUGCACACCUGUCCAUUUUGUUUACAAGUUAUUUGUAAUUUGUAAAUGAUUAUCUUUUCCAAACAUUUUGCCAUUAUAACAUGAAUUGUGAAUACUCUCAGCCCCACUGUAGCAGCUUCUCCAUAGACCAUAGUACAGUGAAUGCUUUGGGAGGCGGCCAGCAGAUUGAAGCCCCACAGUGGGAACCCACUGCUGUGGAACAUCACCCUCUAGACAGCAGUGAACGGGCUGGUGAGGAGUUCCUGAGAUGCAUCGCAGCCAACAAGCCUUUCCCGGACUACCUGAAGGUGAACAUGGCGUUCAACCUGGCUGACGCGUUCAAGUCGGCCGAUGUCCUGAAAGAGGUUCUCAAAUCGGACCCCGAGUUCCAGAAGCUCGCUCCCAGGAGCAAAAGCCGCAGUCGGAGCCGCGGCAAAUCUCGAGCCAAGAGUCGCGCACGGAGCAAAAGCCGAGCGUCCAGCCGGAGCCGAGCGAGGAGCAAGAGCCGUACGCGGGGGAAGAGCCGUACGCGGGGGAAGAGCCGGGCGAGGAGCAAGAGCCGGGCGAGGAGCAAGAGCCGGGCGAGGAGCAAGAGCAGGGCGAGGAGCAAGAGCAGGCAUCGCAGUCGCAGUGGGAGUCGGAGCCGAAGCAAGAAGAAGAGUCACGUGCGGAGCAAGAGCCGGGCCAGGAGGUCCAGGUCGCGAAGAAGCAGCAGCAGCAGCGGCGGUGAAAAGAGCCACGGCAAAGAGAAGAAGAGAAAGAGGAGCCCCAGCAGCCUGUUGGAAGGCCUGAAGCUGGUCAUGAACAGCAAAGAGCUGGACGAGCGCUUGCCCACCCUCAAAGAUGCCAUCCUCACUAUUCAGGCCUCGGGUGAAAGCAAAAAAGUGGCGUGCGCGCCCACCGAGGACCGACCUCGGCGGCGCGACUGCGCCGAGAGCUCGCCGCCGUUGGACAGCGACAGCAUGCUCCUCCCCCACGACAGAGUGGGCAGCGACUUCUCGUGGCUCCAGGCGCACACGACUCCUCCCGCCGCCGUCGCGGUGAAAGUGGAGGAGCUCGAAGACGAAGAGUCGUUCCUGUACGGGAAUGAAGACGCCAGGGGAAAGCGGGCCGACGGAUCCUCCGCCGCGCUCCUCGCCUCAUUUCCCCAGGGUAGCGAGCAGGCCGACCGACAGGAAGCGGCGAGCGCCGGCGGUCAGCAACACCAACAGAGCAGGUCCAUACUCGCCGAUCUGGACAGCAGCGAGUUUGAGAAGAUCAGGAACAUAUUAAAAAGUCUGGGCUCGGCAGACGUCAGCGAGAUGAUGGUGAAGAUGCAGCCGUCGGCCGCGCUUCCCGCUUCCGACCGGACAGCGGCAGGCCUCGCGCUGCCGGCUCUGCGUAACCCCAAUGUACGACUCGCCCUGGAGUCUCUACAGUCACUGAUCAGAGCGACAAAAGAGAAGCGUGAAAAAAGCGAUGGCAGUGGCACAUCUCAGGCAUCCCCCGAUAAACACAAGGCGGGUGACGACGAGGAAAGGAAGAACGAAAAACAAGCCAGAAUAAGUCAAAUGGAAUCCUUGAUGAAGGAACUGGAGGGGUUGAUGAAGCGGGACGGGUUGAGUUUUCUGAGGCCAGUCAUUGGGUUUUACUGCCAGAAAUGUGAGGAGUUCAUUGGAGAUUUGAAUUGUGCUGACAAGCACGCAGCCAGCCACCGCCAAGGCAACUCCAGCAGUCAGAAAGUGCACAAGGACAACAAGCCCGCAGGAGACGGCAAGGGACACUCGCGCCAAUUCAGCAACAGCACUCCGCACCCUCACCCCUCGGACCGGCCGGGGGAUCACAGGGACUCGGCCCCCAGCAGAGACACGGGGGACCACCGGAACCACAGAGACCACCAACCAGACUGGAGGGACGAGAGAGACCCCUGGAGCAAACACCACCAGCACCAAGGCGACGGCAGGGCCCACAGGGCCGGGCAGGAUGAGGAGAUGAGGCAGGAGAGGAUGCUCAUCACGGUGUCCCGCGGACUGACUCCUCCCCCGGGCGGCAGGGCCAAGGAGGAGGCCGACGAGGAGCCGACGAGCCACGGCAAAGUCAAAGUCGAAGACAAGGGCAAAUCAUCCAAGGGCAACCGAGCCGUGGAGGAAAGCAGCGACAGCAGCGACGACAACCACAAGGGAAAACCGAAGAAAGCCAAAUCCCAGAAAAAGAAGAAGAAGAAGAAGGAGAAAAAGAAGAAGAAGGAGAAGAAGGAGAAGUCGUGACCGUCUAAUGCUCCUAAACGUAACGUCUGUUUCUUGGUGUGGUCAGAAGAGGGAGGUAGGCCUCGGGCAGGGAUUCAUCGUGGGGCUUAAAGGAACGGCCUGACAUGUCGGGGCGGACCUUUGACCCCAACCAGAGGUCAAAGGUGAAGAUUAACAUCACUUUGAUCCUUGUGCGUCUGGUGUAGAGUUGUUUUUGGAGGUGCUUCCGGUGUUUGUGCCAACGGAGGCCAAAUGCUUCAGAGACCGACCGGACGCACAGAGAUGAAAUCCAUCUGAAUUAUUAUUCUUUUUUUUACAUGGCAAUUGAUAUGUUUAUACAUGGUCCUGUAUACAUUGUGUCGUGUUCAUGUUUCACCUCUGUUUUGAAUUAUUUUUGUAUAAAACAAAUCCGUUCUCAGUACCAUUUCACCCGUGUGAAUAUUUUCAAUAAACAUUGAAAGGUUUAGGAAUGUGAGAUGUGUAUUUUGCAGCUAUUUUCCAUUUUGUUACUCGUCUGCAUUUUGAUCUGAAAUACAAGAUGACACAGCA